CAGGAAGUCGGCGCAACGUUAAUCUGUAGCUGACACAUAUACACACACACUUAUAUGUGUGUAUAUAUAUGUAUAUCCAUAUAAAUGUGUUGAAGGCCUCGUGAAGCUCACUGGACCUCGCAGCCAUGUGAGUGACCGCUGAAUCCAGGCUUCCUCUCCGUGGUGGAACUCAGCGUUGAUCGUGAUUAACCAGAGACUCCAGUAGGAAUGUCGUACUGGUCUGUUGGCCUUCCCCAGGACUCUGGAGACACUCCUGGCAACAUGGAGCGACAAAGCAGCCCUGGGGAUGAAAUGGGAGCAAAGACAUCGUUGGUUGAGGAUCCAGGGCCCGGCUCUGCACUGGUACCUUCUCCCACUCUGGAGAACAUCCGGGCAGCAUAUGAAGACGGAGAGGGGGAGGCUGCCAGGGAGCUGAUCCAACAAGCCUUCUGUGUGGAGUGCAGCGCAGGGAUGCCCCACAUCGACGGGGUUGGUCUUCUGUGUGUUGCCACUCAGCAUGGUGAUCUGCAGAGUGUGUGUUACCUCCUGAAAGAAGCCCGUAUCAUUGUUCCCCCGGAGCCGUCCAACAGCAACCCAGCCAUCCUGGCAGCAUACUAUGGCCACGCCAGCUUGAUCAAAGAGCUGCUGAACUCUAUCCCUGGUCCAUGUCUGAGGAGAGACUUGCUGAACUGGAUGCUGGCUACAUCUUGCCAGCAGGGUCACCUGGACGUGGUCCGGCUGCUGGUCCACAGCUACGAUGCUGACGCCAAGGACUGUGCCAUCCACAGCGAUGAGUUUGCUGUCAUCACUGGGCUGCCACUGUACGCUGCUGCACGAGCAGGUAAUGAGGAGAUAGCUCACUUCCUGCUGCAGAAUGGAGCAGGGUUCUCCUCCUACACCCUGAUGGACCAUCCAGCCUUCAGCAAACACCUCCUCAGACUCAAACUACAGGAAACCUCCAACGCAGAAGGAGACGCGGCCGUCACUGUGUGCUGGAGGGGUCUGCAGUUGCCCUGGUUGGAGCUGGAUUGGUUCAUGGACGUCUCCUCACGUAUCACACACCUGGAUCUGUCAUCCAACAGCCUGGCAGCUCUGCCCUCGGUGGUGCCCUGGGGUCUCAUCUACCUGCAGACUCUAGAUCUUUCCAACAAUUUUCUGAAAGAGCUGCCAGCUGCUCACAACUCCCAGCAGGUCAUCUGCUCCAGUUUACAGCAGAUCAAUCUCUCUCAGAACCAGCUGACCAGCCUGCCUCCUGGACUCCUCCAUCUGACCCACAUCCAGAUACUCUCUGCUGCUAAGAACCAGCUCACAGUCCUGUUUGACAUUCCUCCCACUACCAACUGGAUCGGUCUUCGUAAGCUCGAGAAGCUGGAUGUGUCUGAUAACUGUCUGACCGGUCUGCCUACGGAAGUCAUGCACUGUUUGAAAUCCUUGAGCUUCCUCAACGUGUGCAGGAACACACUGAGCACCUUCCCUGAGCCCUGGGCGUGUCCACUGAAGCAAUGCAAAGCGUCCUCUAAUGUGAUUGAGAAUCUUCCAAAAAGUAUCUCCAUCUCCUGGAGGACUCAGCUGCAGGAGGUGGACUUCUCUGACAACAGCCUGAAGGAGCUGCCCUCAUAUGUCUUUGAGCUGGAGGCUCUGGUGUCGUUGAGAUUGUGUGGGAAUCACAUUGAGACACUCCCCGCCCCCACCAUGUGGAAGUGCUCUCAGCUCAGGACCCUCGAUCUCUCCAGGAACCAGCUGGGAAAAACAGAGGAGGGUCCCAAAUCCAGGAAGCUGUCCUUCUUGACUACAUGGAACAAGAGGGAGCCAGAGCCAGUGUGUUCCAUAGAGUUUCCCAUGAUUCUGCGGGAUUCACUGGAACUGCUCUUCUUGAAUGACAACCAGCUGGAGUGUGUUCCCCAGUCAGUGUGUGGUCUGCACAGCCUCACUGAGCUCUACCUCUCCAAUAAUCCUAGAAUCCGGGAGCUUCCUGCAGAGCUCAGUCAACUGUCCAACCUGUGGCAGCUGGACACUGAAGACCUCAACAUUACUAAUGUCCCCCUGGACGUAAGAAAGGAAGGUCCUGCGUCUGUCCUGGCUUUCCUCCGGGCACACCUUCGAAAGGCAGCGCCUUGUAAAAUGCUGAAGAUGCUUGUGAUUGGUCCACCGAGACAGGGGAAGACGGCACUUCUGGAGGCUCUACAGACCGGCAGGGCGGCCCCCUUCACCCCAGCAGAAUGCAGCAUCUCCACCUCCAGCUGGGAGCUGGACAAACCCAACGGAGGCAAAAACAGUAAGGACUCGGUGGCAGCGUUCAAUGUGUGGGACAUCGGUGGUCAGGCUAGCAUGUCCACAGUGAACCAGUGUUUCUUCACUGAUAAGGCCCUGUACGUGGUGAUCUGGAACCUGGCUCUGGGAGAGGAGGCUGUGGCCAACCUGCAGACAUGGCUGCUCAACAUAGAGGCGCGAGCACCCAACUCUGCCGUGGUGGUUGUGGGAACACAUUUGGAUCUCAUCGACACAAAGUUUCGCACCGAGAGACUGGCCACGCUGAGAGCUUACAUUCUGGCUCUGUGCCGAUCCCCAUCCGGGGCUCGAGCCACCGGAUACCCUGACGUCACCUGGAAACAUCUGCAUGAAGUGUCCUGUAAGACCCUGGAGGGCUUUGAUGGCCUGAAGAAGCUGCUCUACCAGGUGUCUCUCUCCAUGAAGGACAGCAGCAGCUCAGCCUGUGGCAGUAAACUGCUGGGCAGACUGAUCCCCAGGAGCUACCUGACACUUCAGGAAGCAGUGAUAGCAGAGAAACAGCGACGAGAUGCUGAGGGAGAGGUCCAAUACCUAACUGAUGCCGAGCUGGACCGCAUCGUCAAACAGAACCCAGACAGUGACAUCACAGACUAUGAGGACCUUCAGACUGCCAUCAGUUUCUUGAUAGAGACGGGGGCCCUGCUGCACUUCCCCGACACCAGCCACGGCCUGUGUACCCUUUACUUCCUGUGUCCUGUGUGGCUGUCAGAAUGCCUGGAGAGGAUCAUGCACCUCAAGUCCUCUCGCUCUGUAGCCAGGAAUGGAGUGAUCCGAGCUGAAGACCUUAGGAUGCUAUUGGUAGGCACAGGGUUCACCCAGCAGACGGAGGAACAGUAUUUCCAGUUUCUCGCCAAGUUUGAGAUUGCUCUUCCUCUGGCCAAUAACAGCUAUUUGCUGCCCCACCUUCUACCCCCCAAGCCAGCUAUGGACAUCCAUGGCUUCCUUCAGCAGACCAACAACACCCUUCAGCGCCUCGUCCAGAUGAGCUUUGUUCCUGCCGGAUUUUGGGAGCGUUUUAUUGCCAGGAUGCUCAUCAGCCUCACAGAGAUGGACCUGCAGUCAUUUGAGCCCAAAAGAAACACCAGGAGCCAACGCAGCAGGAACUCUGUGAUCUACAGCUUUGCUGGAACCCAACAAAAGAACCGUUGCAGCACCUUCAGAGUCCGACGCAGCCAGACCAUAUACUGGAAGGAGGGGCUGCUGGUCACUUUUGAUGGAGGUUACCUCAGUGUGGAGUCAUCAGAUGUCAACUGGAAGAGAAAGAAGAGCGGAGGCAUAAAGAUCAUCUGCCAGUCAGAGAUAAGAGAUUUCUCUGCCAUGGCCUUCAUCACAGACAAUGUGAACUCUCUGAUUGAGCAGUGGUUCCCUGCUUUGACUGCCAGUGAGAGUGAUGGGAGUCUCCUCAUGGUGCAGUACUCUCCCUGUCCCCUCUGUGUCUCACUGGGCCAACAGAAGCAGGCUGAGCUCACAGCCAGCCUGGCCGACCCGGCCAGAGAAAAGGCAGCACAUGGAGAAGAUGACGGAGGAAAGGUUCAUUACUUUAACAUGGAGGACUGUGUGCUGGCUGCAGUGGAGAAGGAGCACAUCAUCUGUCCUCAGCACCCUGACCAGGCAGUCACCCUCCAGGAACUGGUCCCAGAGCUCUUCAUGACUGACUUCCCUGCACGUCUCUUUUUGGAGAAGGCCCAGCUGGAGUACUCUGAGGAGGAGAAUAACAUCCUUGGCCAGGGUGGCAGUGGGGCCAUCAUCUACCGAGCUCGAUAUCGUGACCAGCCGGUCGCCCUCAAACGCUUCCAUUUCAGGAAGUGUCGACUUCAAACCAUCAGCAAGGACACAGACACCAUGGUGAAACACUUGCAGUCUGCAGAUGCCUGUCGGAGCUUCUCUGAAUUUCGCCAGGAGGCCAGUAUGUUGCACUCUCUGCAGCAUCCCUGCAUCGUCUCUCUGGUGGGCAUCAGCAUCCAUCCACUCUGCUUCGCCUUGCAGUUAGCCCCCCUGGGCAGCCUCAACACUGUGCUGGAGGAGAAGUGCAAAGGCUCCAGGUACAUGCCCCUUGGUCACAUGAUAACUUUUAGAGUAGCCUAUCAGAUUGCAGCAGGACUGGCGUACCUUCACAGGAAGAACAUCAUCUUCUGUGACCUCAAAUCUGACAACAUCCUGGUGUGGUCUCUGGAGGUACAGGAUCCAGUUAACAUUAAACUGUCUGACUAUGGCAUUUCUCGACAAACCUUCCAUGAGGGGGCGUUGGGGGUCGAGGGCACACCGGGUUACCAGGCUCCUGAGAUCCGACCAGGCAUCGUGUAUGAUGAGAAAGUGGACAUGUUCUCCUAUGGUAUGGUGCUGUAUGAGCUGCUGUCUGGGCGGAGGCCAGUGCUGGGACACCACCAGCUUCAGAUAGCAAAGAAGCUCUCCAAAGGAAUCCGGCCAGUGCUGGGCAGUCCAGAGGAGGUUCAGUUCUACUGCCUCCACAGCCUGCUGACUGAAUGCUGGGACACCAAGCCUGAGAAGAGGCCGGUGGCCCUGCAGUGUAUGAGGCAGAUGCAGGAUCCCAGCUUCCCCUGCCUCAGGUAUGUGUUGUCCUGUGACAGCCACUCGCAGCUCUUCCUGUCGCAGCUUCAGGGACACAGCGCGGUGUUCUGGAACGGAGACAAUGACAACAGGAGCUACAGUGUGGUGAAUGUGGAGAAGGGCCAGGUGGAGGUGACGAGGAUGUCCUGUGCAGGCAGCAGGAUCAGCUGUCAGAUGAAGAUGGGUAACAUUCUGUGGAUGGCCACUGAGGAGCAGGAGGUUUUCAUCUACAGUCUAAAGGACAUGUGUCCGCUCAGUCAGCCCCAGAAACAGUUCUCCUCUCCAGCCAUCAUCACCUGCCUGUUCCCUGUUCCAGCUGGAGAACAGAGCCUGGCCAGAGUGUUUGCGGGGAUGUCUGACGGCCUGGUGGCAGUGUACAGCUUGGUGGAGGACGUUCUGCUGGAGGGGGAGACCUACCUAUGUUCACACACCCUCAACAAAACGCUGUUUGCCCUGAAGGACUCCGAUCCCAGACAGAGACCCUACCCAGUCAGGAGCAUGGCGCUGGUCAGCAGCGGCUCCCAGUUAUGGUUCUCUAAUGGUCCAGGUGUGCUGGUCAUUGACUGUCAGAGUCUUCAGGCAGUUCAAAGGCUGGAGCCCUACAAACCGCCAUCCUCCAUCGUAUCCAUGACAACCAGCUUCAGCCUAUGGGGAGAGGAGGCAGUGUGGACGCUGGACGACCACGCCAAUACCCUGCUGCUCUACCAUGCUGCCUCCUACCAGCUGUGUGCCAAGUAUAGCUGCGGAGACAACCAUCCUCUUCGGGACGUCUUUGCUGUGCAGCGUCCUGCCGGGGUUACCAUGGUGACAACCACUGAACUCAAGAUCCCGGCCCAGGAGGAGAAGCUGGGACGGACUAAUGGAGAAGUGACAUUGAUGUACAGUGAGGAGGCGGGCACUCAGAUCAUCCAGCAGCAGGAUUCACUGACAGACUACUGCUCCAUCUCAUCCAGCUGCUCCCUGGAGCCGCUGGGGUCGCACCGUUCCAGCACUGAAGGCCUCGCCUCAUUAGCCAACCACAGCAGUGUGCCACUGCCUGCAGAGCGGAAGCCGGACCAGCAGCCGGACCAGCAGCCGGACCAGCAGCCGGACCAGCAGCCGGACCAGCAGCCGGACCAGCAGCCGGACCAGCUGCUGGACCAGCUGCUGGACCAGCAGGCCUCCACUAACCCAGACAGUGAGGAAAGCGUGAGGCCCACAGAGCCUCGGCUACAAGCCUUCACAGUGCUGCCAGUGAACGGAACUCUGUGGAUCCCCAGGCGUGGAGGUGAUGUGAUGGUCAUUGAAAUGCAGCCUCAUGGCGAUCAGCUGAGGGGGCGGGUCAUCGCUGUCCUCGCUCCUCCUGGAUGUUCCUCUUUGGGGAUCCUGGAGGAGGCAGCACUAGUGGCAAAGGACACAGUUGUAUGUGGCUUUCAUAAGGAAAACAUGGAGUGGUGCCUGUGUGUCUGGAGGGGCUGGGGCAGCCACGAGCUGGAAGUCUUCUACCAGUCUUACGAGGAGCUCGGCCGCUUGGAGACCUGCAUGAGGAAAAGAAGGUAGCUGUUGUGCUACAGAAUUGCAGCUCUGUACGGAGGGUGAGCCGAGGGGAAUACACAGCGACAGACUGCCAGUGUUCAGAGCAAGGGGCCGUCGAACGCUGACAUCAGGGCAACACGGGGGGCUGAGCCUCCAGCUGUGCACAUACUUCAGUACCAAUAAUAAAUUCAGACCUGAAAAAUCUGUAAUCCCACAGCAGACACGAAAAGCCCUGCAGCUAAAUCACAGAUUAAGGUCGCACAACCAAACUUUCCUUCUGCACAGCUUUUAAUGUUGGUGGCAUUUUCAUAUUUAAACCCUUUGGUAUGACAGGAAUUCAGUUGUGGUGGACUGUUUGUGACUGACUCCAGCUGCUGCAAUCCAUUGUUUAUUCUUUGUCCCUGGAUUUCAUUCCUAUCUGCAACUUUAUGGACGGGGACAAGUUUAAAUGAAUUGGUGUUGGUUGUGCCAUAUGAAAGUGCAUGCCAGCCACAACUCCCAUUGUUACCAGAGAACAUCUGUGUCCUGUGCAACAUUAUGCAACAGAGCGGCCUCAUGCUUCUUAUUUUUUUAAAUGAAGCUCAUUCUGGCUUCAGGCGCCACAGUGUGCUCCUCCAUUAGCAUCUGUACCUCAGUAGAAUAGAAAAACAUGUGCAACACGUUCUUUAUUAAGCCGUAGUGUCAUUGGUACUGCUCGGCAUUUCCAUCACAUAACCCGAGACUCACAGGAAAUGGUGCACGUUCUGGAUAGAAGCCGGUGCACGUUCUGGACAGAAGCCGGUGCAUGUGCACAUUUUACAUAAUGUAGUUCAUUAACUCAGUUUGUUAGACAUUGCUUCUAGGCUUCUUUAUUAAAACAGCGGGCUGUGAUGAAUCCCUCAGCUGCACUUUGUUUGUUUGGCUGCUUUGGUCGAUUAAUAUGUGAUUUUAAACAGAACUCUGGUUGUUCUGUUGACCUCCAGAUCAGCCAGAAGGACUUCAGCUCCCAUGAGGCUUUCACAGUGUGCUAAACGCUUGCCAUGGGUAUAAGAGUUUUCUCUUGGUUAAAAGGACAAAUGUAACUACCCCUUGCUGUACAGUGGUAGGUGACAGUCUAUUGACUGCAGAAGUCAGUGGAAGACGUUGGUGCUCUAUAGGCUAGUUAUAUAGCCAAACAUCAGCCCUCAGUGCGUCAGAGUAAAGGCUGAGAGCCACUGGAGGAGACCAUUACUCCCCACAUGGUUUUAUGAUGUCUUUAAUCAUUUUAUCUUUCAAACCAAAUAGUUUGGUUGUCUUAAGUUGUUACAUUUGUAUUUCUACAGGGGGCCAGUAAAGCCUCGUAGUAAGGCAGAGGUUAUGUAUUUCUCAGAAUUAAGUUGUUGUGUACAUAAUACAGUACUGAAUAAAGUUCUUAUGGUAA